AUGAAUAAACAAUCACUUCAGCUAAAUGAUAUUAUUGAAAAUUUAGAAAAAUGGAUUGAAGAAAAAUGUGACAUAAAUGAUAACGAAACCAAUGUAAUAGUCUAUCAAAGUUUUAAGGAAGAAUUAAUAAAACUCUAUAAACAAAAAAAAGAAAGUGAAAAUAAAAUAUUAUCAAUAAAGAAACUAAAACAAGAAUUAAAUUCCCAAAUCCAAAUUGAAAAACAGUUAAUGGAGGAAUACAGUAAUUACAGAAAGUUAAAUUAUGAUAUAGAAAACGAAAUAAAUAAUAUAAAAUCUGAAUAUUUAUCAAUGAUUAAUGAUAACAGCAUCAAUACCCCCACAUCAUCACUGCCAUUCACAACAUCAACAACAACAACAACAACAACAACGACGACAACAACCACAACAAAAAAAUCAAAUAAUGAUGAUAAUAAUAACUGCAAUAACAAUAACAAUAGUAGUUUAAACAAUUUAAAUAAAAGUCAAAGUUUAUUAGAUAAUUUAAUAGGAAUGAGUAAUGGCAGCAAUUACAAUAAUGAUAAUAAUAUUGAAUAUUUAGAUAAUUUAAAAGAAAAUUACAAUAUAACUUUUAAAAAAUUAAAAAAAUACGAUUAA